CACGGAGCAGUCAUCGCUUUGUGCAGCUGAGACAGAUUUAAUCUCAAGGUGAUGUCUCGGACUUGGAAACGUAAGAUCUUUGUGGCUAUUGCACUCAUAACCAUCAUUUUUAUAAGUUUCCUGAUUCAUCGUCAGUUCAUACAGGUUUCCCCAACAAAACUUUAUUCAAAUGAACUGACUCCGAACUCAGAAGUAAAGUCCAGUAGCCGCAUUAUCCUAUCAGAAGAUGAGCGUCUUAUCCUCAACAAGAUAUCUGGAUGGAUCCAUACAGGGUCCUUUAAUGACACAAGAUUUGCCUCAAGUGCUAAUAACAGCAAGGCCACUAUUCUUAACCCCAGGAAGAAGUACUGCACCGGAGACAAGUUAACUAUCCAGAUUGAUAUGUUUGAUUAUUUGGGUAAUAGGAAGACGUAUGGAGGAGAUUUCAUAAGAUCUAGAAUAUUCAACCCUACUCUGAACGCCGGAGCUCCGGGAGUGGUUGAAGACUUCAACAAUGGAACCUAUCAUGUCCACUUUACUUUAUUUUGGAAAGGCAAAGUCUAUAUCUCUCUGUUACUUUACCAUUCGAGUGAGGCGGUUUCAACUCUAUGGAAAGCCAGGGACAAUGACUAUGGUCUCAUAUCCUUCAUGGGAACAUUUGUAAACAGGAACCAGUCCAUUAGAAGUCCAUGUGGGUUCAAACGUGACUCAGUACAGGACGUUUGUGAAUAUAGACCAGUGAAAGGCGAUGAUUCAUUUUACUGCAUCAAACAGGAAAACUUUGAUUGUGGUUCAUUAACUACUGUCAGGACUUCCAACCAAAAUGUCACUUUCCUCAGGAACACAGAGAAGCCGCUAUUUAACAGUGAAAAUAUAGCUGUUGAUAUUAAAGGAGAUUACAAUGAUAUUGAUGUAUCGACAUGUAGAGCUUCAACUUCAUCUAACUUAAAGACUUGUGCAAUUGGAAUGGAAUCUCCUCUUCCCAGUGGUUUUGUAUUACAAAAUAGGUGGAGACCUGUCUUCUGUAAUUUUCCAGAUAUGACCCAAGAACAGAUGUACGCUUGUUUAAAGGAUAAGAGAGUUCAUUUUUUUGGAGACUCCACAAUGCGACAAUGGUUUGAAUAUUUGGAAAAAAAACUACCAGGAUUGAAGACUUUUAAAUUCCCCCACAUGGCAGUAGAUGAUAAAAACAAUAUCAUUUUGUUCUUUAACAGUCACAGUCAUCCUUUUGUUACAGCGCGUACCCAUUUUGUUAAAGGUAGUUUACACAUGAGCGAUGAGAUCGAUCAUAUAGCUGGAGGUCCAAACUAUGUCCUGGUCAUCUCACUCGGUCAACACUUCCGACCUCUACCAAUCCAGCUCUUCAUCAGGAGGGUUAUGAAUGUACACAGAGCUGUGGAAAGACUCUUCUUAAGGAGUCCAGAUACCAAGGUCAUCAUCAAGGCCGAGAACACUCGAGAAAUCAAAGCGGACAUGGAGAGAUUCAGUGACUUUCAUGGCUACAUCCAAUACCUGAUUGUAAUGGAAGCCUUCAAAGAUCUUCCUGUUGCUACUGUUGAUGCAUGGGACAUGACAAUCGCCUUCAACUCAUAUCGCGUCCAUCCAUUAGAACUUGUAGUCAGGAACCAGAUAAAUAUGUUUUUUUCAUAUAUAUGUUCUUAACAUUUAUAAAGGGUUUGUCCAAAAAUGAGAAAAAAUAAGUCAACUAUAUUUUUCAGUAAUAACGCCACUACUGAAGGGGUACUCGAGAGGAAAAAAAUGUUCUCAAAUUAACUGGUGCCAGAAAGCUAUAUAUAUUUUUUUAAUGAAUUCUAUUAAACAAAAAAUAGUAGUUA